UAUCUUUUGGGUUCUACGGGUUAUUUUACGGGUUCCAAAAAAGGUGAAUAUUUUGUUUUAUUAUAAGAAUUUUAUUUUAUCACAUUACAAAAUCGACUAUUCAGGAAUAAUCGAAUCGGUCUGACAGGAUAAAUAAAAAGAACUCUAUUUGACAGAUUGUCACUGUCAUUAACAGUUUUUGACACCUGACACUAGCUCUUACUCGCUAUGCGUUAUCAUUGCUUAUCACUUUACCAGUUGUUGUCAAAAUAAAAUACCGUAAAAUUAUUAUUUUUUAAGUUCGUUCAAACUUUAUUUUAAGUAUUGUUGAUUCUAAUGACAAGGUAAAUAAUGUAGCGAAAAUGUCCUCUACCGUUAGAAUAUUAAUACCAAUUUUCCCACUAGAUUCCAAGGAAAUCUUUUUCAAGGGAUAUAUUACUACUUCUAAUGAUAAUAAUGUAACUAUUUAUAUAACGAAAUAUGCUAAUAGUGAUAUUGUGUGGCCUGCGAAACAACGAGAAAACGAAAUAUAUGGAUAUUGCGGCGAAUACUUGCCGAAAAAAGUUUCAAAUAGAUUUUCAAAUUUUCUUGAUAUAGAGCAAAAUACAACAUUAAAAAUUAACAAAAUACAAUUAAAUGGAAAGCAAGUCAUCACUACUACUAGUUGUAUUCUUAUGUUGUAUGAUUAUAACAGUAUUAAAGACUCUCAAGCAAUAACUGAUUCAAAAAAUAGUUAUUUUACAAAAUUAGUGAAUUUAAUACAAGAAGAACAUGGACUAGUUAAUAAGGAUGAUACUAAUAUUAGUAACCAGCAGUGGCUGGCUUCUUCCAUGUUUCUGCAACAUAUUUGUAACUAUUGGAGAUUACUUAGAUGGCUAAUAUCAACUCUCCGGAGAGACAAAAAAGUGGCUGUGAAACAAGGUAAUUUAAUUCUAGCUAUAGUUAUGGACAUAAUCUUAGGAUAUAUUGCCCUGCAAUGGCUAUCGCAAGACAAAAGAGAUAUUAGCAUAGGGCUCAUGGGAGUUUUAGAGAAAUUAAUUAAUUCUCUUUACUCUCUUCUAAAAUGGCUUAUGGGUGCUCCAGUUGGAUUAAAACUAAAUAAUGCCUUUAACAAAAUGCUGGGAAAAUAUUUUUCUUAUCAUGUGCAACUAUGGUGGUUGUUUCUAGAUGUGUCUGGAGAGAAACUGUAUAUCAUACUGGACAUAUACCACUACAUAGGAUAUUUAGGAUUUACAUUUCAAACUGCUAUAGUGUCUGAUUUAAUAUGCAUUGCAACAUUCCAUUCAUAUUGCAUUUAUGUGUAUGCAGCCAGGCUAUUUAAUAUACAGAUAUCUGGACUAAUAGCAUUACUCAGACUGUUCGUUGGAAGAAAAUACAAUCCACUGCGAGGUGGCAUUGACUCCUGUGAAUACACAAACCAGGAACUUUUUGUAGGCACUGUGGCAUUUACUAUAUUGUUACUGUUAUUGCCUACCACAACUCUUUAUUACAUAGUAUUUACUGUGUUUAGAGUGUUAUCUCUCAUUGUGCAGCACUUAUUAGCUAAAAUAAUCUAUGCAAUACAGACAUCACCACUGUAUGUAGUGACCCUAUGGGUGAUUAAUUCACCAAAAGUUAUAGGUAAAAUACUCAUAGAAGUAAUAAACCAAGAAGAGAAUUCUCCCUUGGUGCUCCGAAUACAAUUACUUAAAAAAUCGAUUCCAGCAUUGUUAAAAAUAUUUAAACCACCUGUUCAUAUUCUUAACAAAGUUGAAUGGGGGAACCUACUUUCUAAUGUGCUUGUUGGGAAACAAAUUGUUUGA